UGGACUGGAAAAUUCUUUUGAAUUCGAGAAGCGGUAGGCAUUGCACGUUGAAAGAACAUUAUUUGUUGAAUAAUAACUACAAUUCGUAAUUUGAUUUCAUUGUGUUAUGGAUUCAUUGAAAUUUAAUUAUAAUAUGGAUGAAGGUAAGCCUAUAUUCACCACCGCGUGUGAUAGUCAAGCGACCACAACGACGCAGGAGAGUUUCGCGCCGUCGGACAACAGGGGCAGCAUUAAUUGUCAAGAUAGCGGAUUUUCUCCACUGGCUGCUCCUUUCCAAAGCCGUGUUGGCAACGAACUUUUAUCAUUGAUUACUCAACAGGAACCCAGAGCAGCUGACACGGCGCCGUCAGCCGCUGAAAUCGAUGAUGUAUUGAUGAAUCUUCGGUUAAACGGUUCAGAUUUGUUGUUCGAUGAUGUCGAUCAUAAUCCUCAAAACUAUUAUAUGGGAGGUAGGGCAGAUCCGGUUGCAAACUCCCACCCCAAUAUUUGGUCAGAAGGAUCUGGCCCAACUGCCAGAAACGGCGAAAUGAUCGAUACUUUCGAUUUCUUGAUUAAAAGUUUGUCUUCGGCCAACAACUACGUGUCUAUGUUAACGCGCGAGCAAUUGUCUGUGCUGCGCUCGAUCCGCCCAAGUCUGCUUUACGAGUUCUUGCAGGAGGUGGCCAAAGUGCGUAGCGAUAAACGGAUGCGGAGAGCUCUUCCAAAUGAGUGUGCCUUUUGCAAAAACAACGGUGAGAAUGAAGAGAGCUACUCGUCGCAUGCACUGAAGGACUGGCGCGGGCGCGUGCUGUGCCCGGUGCUGCGAGCCUUCCGUUGUCCGCGUUGCGGCGCCACGGGCGACCGAGCGCACACCAUCAAGUACUGUCCAGAGAACUCUGAGACAGGUCUCGAGCGAUCAGGCAGUCUGUUGUCGCGCCGUCGCAUGGCUUCGUCAGGCUCGCUCGUGAUUGGUGCAAAUACGCGUGUGUCUGGCUGCGGCGCGCCCACGACACCCGCGCCUUCGCCGUCGCCCGCUGCUUCGCUAAAUCAUUCCUCAUUAUGGUCCAGUUUCGGCAUGAACUAAAUUUAUUAGGCAAUUCAACUAUAUAAAAGAUAUUUUCAUUCAGUCUCAUAGUAUAUCUUUAUAUAAUAAUACUUUUGAGAACUAUAAACAUUCAUGAAUUUGAAAAUCUAUGAAAUUUAAGUGAUCUGAAAUGUGUAAGUUUACUCAAUGCUACAUAGUAGUUUUAGUUCAGUCUUAUAUAAGCUUUCGUACUUUGUACGUCGAUGUUGUCUUUCAGUUUGAGCAAGUUAAUGUUCAUUUUACUACAUUUUCCAAGUAGAAAAGUGAACAGGUCAAGCGAGCUUAGUGUUGAUCACUACUUAUUCUGAUAAUAGUAUGCUGGCCAUACUUUGUUUGAAAUAGUCAAUAAAAUCAACAGAUUAGAUGACUCGACUCUGUUUUGUAAAUUUUUCAUUGGGUUAUAGAUUGCUUAUCUUCAUUCUUUUGUUUUAAUUAUUUAAUUUAUAACAUCAUUCUAUUAUAAACAAUUAAAAUACAAUCAUUGCAAUCCUAAAUUUUCAAUGAAUUUAUUGUUAAUGUUGAUGAAUAAUUUAUAAAUCUAUUAAUUCAUGAAAAUUACUUAUUUACCAUCAUACUGUUUUAGCUUUGGCAAAUUGUAUCCAUUACAAUUUUAUCGACAUAGUUUUACCAAUGAAAAAUGUUCUUUCUCGUCUCUUUUCGGUGUGGGUUAAUUAUAAUAUAUUUUUGGGUUUUUAAAAUAAAGUUAGUGUUUAAAAU